UCAAUACCGAAUAGUCAAGAGAAGGAAGAGGCUGUGAGCAACUCAAACUCUUUCUCUAUUCGCCCUGGUUUUGUUGUUUUCUUUUUUCGUUGAGGGUUGUAAAUCCUCUCAAAAAUUCCCAGAACACCCGCUCUUUCAGAAACCAAAAAGAAAAAAAGAAAAAAAAAAAAAACUAACAAACCAAAAUGGCGUUCGAGAAGAUCAAGGUGGCCAAUCCCAUCGUCGAGAUGGACGGAGAUGAAAUGACUCGGGUUUUCUGGCAAUCAAUAAAGGAUAAGCUUAUAUUCCCCUUUUUGGAUUUGGACAUCAAGUACUUUGAUCUUGGCCUUCUUAAUCGUGAUGCCACUGAUGACAAAGUUACAGUCGAAAGUGCAGAGGCUACUCUAAAGUACAAUGUAGCAAUUAAAUGUGCUACAAUCACCCCAGAUGAGGCUCGUAUGAAGGAGUUUAAAUUGAAGAGCAUGUGGAAGAGUCCAAACGGGACAAUUAGGAAUAUUUUGAAUGGUACUGUCUUCAGGGAACCUAUCAUCUGCAAAAAUAUCCCCCGUCUCGUCCCAGGUUGGACAAAGCCGAUAUGCAUUGGAAGACAUGCUUUUGGUGAUCAAUAUCGAGCAACUGACACAGUCCUUAAAGGACCUGGAAAACUGAAGUUGGUGUUUGUGCCAGAAGGAGAAGGUGAGAAGCUAGAGCUAGAGGUAUACAACUUUACCGGAGCUGGGGGAGUUGCAUUAUCCAUGUACAACACAGAUGAGUCCAUCCGUGCGUUUGCUGAGGCUUCUAUGAACACUGCCUAUCAGAAAAAAUGGCCUCUUUAUCUUAGCACUAAAAAUACUAUUCUUAAGAAGUAUGAUGGGAGAUUCAAGGACAUUUUCCAAGAAGUUUACGAGGCCAACUGGAAAUCAAAGUAUGAGGCUGCAGGCAUUUGGUAUGAACACCGUCUGAUUGAUGAUAUGGUGGCUUAUGCGCUCAAAAGUGAAGGAGGUUAUGUUUGGGCCUGCAAGAAUUAUGAUGGAGAUGUUCAGAGCGACUUCUUGGCUCAAGGGUUUGGAUCUCUUGGAUUGAUGACAUCUGUCCUGGUAUGCCCUGAUGGAAAGACUAUAGAAGCUGAAGCUGCCCAUGGUACCGUUACCCGCCAUUACAGGGUUCACCAAAAGGGAGGUGAAACUAGCACAAACAGCAUAGCUUCUAUAUUUGCUUGGUCACGAGGCCUUGCUCACAGGGCAAAGUUGGAUGACAAUGCAAGACUUCUGGAUUUCACUCAGAAAUUGGAAGCUGCUUGUGUUGGAGCCGUGGAAUCUGGGAAGAUGACCAAGGAUCUUGCUCUACUUAUCCACGGAUCUAAGGUUAGCAGGGACCAGUAUCUGAAUACUGAGGAGUUCAUUGACGCUGUGGCAGCAGAACUCAGAGCAAAACUUUCUAGCUGAGCAUUAUGGUACGUGCACAAUUAUUUUACAUGAGCCAGGUGGGCAAAGUGAAGUCUGAGGGGCCAUUUUCGAAUUUGAGAUUACUGAAAAAUAAAGAAAAAGAAGCUUGGGGAGAGGUAAAAGAGGUUCCCUGGGGAUUGUUAUUGUCUUGAGGGGGGACUUUGUGGCCUUUUUCGAUUCAUGUUAUAGACAGCUAAAUAUUAUGAUUUAAUCUCCUAAAUUGUAUGGGUUUCUUUAUAGUACUAUAUAUUUCCUGGAAAUGUAUUUUAUUACGUUUCUGGUUUGAUUAAUCUUCUACAUAUUUCCAUUUUAUGCU